UUUCCAUCCAACACAAUCAUUCAGAUUCCAUUGACUCACUGUCGGAGUCAACUCUCACUGUUGCUUGUACGGAUUUUGAUUAUAAUGACAACAAGUUAAAGAAGAAUCAAUCCAAGAAAAAGAAAGAAAAACACAGGCGGAACAAGAAUGUUAGAACUUAGCUUUCACCAUCAUCACCGCCAUCGCCAUCUUGUUCUUCUUCUUAGUUUCUUGAGCUUGCUUAGCCAUUCCCUGGCUUGUCCAGCGGAUCAGAAGCAAGCCCUUCUCGAGUUCAAGUCCUCCCUCCUCGGCCGUACCGCUUCUUCUCCUGAUGGACCUUCACUCUUCGGCCUCGAAACUUGGGAUUCCAAAACUGAUUGCUGCCGAUGGGAGAGGGUUACAUGCAGAGAAUCUCUGAUCGUAGCCCUCCAACUCGAUUCUCUCGUCUCUCCCGGAGAAAAAAUCUCUUUCGAUUCCUCGUUCUUGACACCUCUUUUCAGCAUCAGUUCGUUGAUGCUGCUCGAUCUGUCAUUCAACUACAUAACUGGCGAGCUUCCGGGAAAAGGGUUGGCAAAUCUCACCAAGUUGGUUCACCUCGAGAUGAUCCAGAACAGGUUCAGUGGACAGAUCUCUCCCGAGAUGUUCCAGCUGAAGCAUCUGCAGAAUCUUGACCUGAGCAACAACGAGCUGAGUGGUGCUUUAACCAGACAGGUGAGUUAUCUUCAAGAACUCAGGGUUCUGAACCUUGAAGGGAACUUUUUACAAGGAAACAUACCUGAAGAUAUCGGUAACUCCACAGAGAUUCGAGUUUUGUCCCUCAGAGGAAACAGCUUCUCAGGGAAUAUCCCGACAAGUAUUCUGUAGCUGAAGAAUCUACAAGAGCUGGACCUGAGUAAUAAUUUCUUAUCAGGGCAGAUUCCUUCUGAUAUUGGGAAUCUAAGAAACUUGACCACUUUGGUACUGAGCAAUAACUCGCUUUCAGGCACGAU